AUGGAGUGGCAUCGCUUCCCCACCUCCUUCCUCCUCCCCUCGCCUCUCCACCGAGCUGCUUUUAUCGAUGAUGGCUUUAAGGGCCUGCUGCCCAUCCCCUUUGACCCGGAACAAGGCGGCACGGAGUCUGCUCCCACUUACUUCAACGACAGGAACCAAGCCACGCCCGAGCAAUUCGGCGUGCUGCCCAUCCCCUUGGACCCGGAACAAGGCGGGACCAAGUCCGCUCCUUCUUAUCGUGCUCGGAUGAAGGGCGUGCUGCCCAUCCCCUUGGACCCGGAACAAGGCGGGACCAAGUCCGCUCCUUCUUAUCGUGCUCGGAUGAAGGGCGUGCUGCCCAUCCCCUUGGACCCGGAACAAGGCGGGACCAAGUCCGCUCCUUCUUAUCGUGCUCGGAUGAAGGGCGUGCUGCCCAUCCCCUUGGACCCGGAACAAGGCGGGACCAAGUCCGCUCCUUCUUAUCGUGCUCGGAUGAAGGGCGUGCUGCCCAUCCCCUUGGACCCGGAACAAGGCGGGACCAAGUCCGCUCCUUCUUAUCGUGCUCGGAUGAAGGGCGUGCUGCCCAUCCCCUUGGACCCGGAACAAGGCGGGACCAAGUCCGCUCCUUCUUAUCGUGCUCGGAUGAAGGGCGUGCUGCCCAUCCCCUUGGACCCGGAACAAGGCGGGACCAAGUCCGCUCCUUCUUAUCGUGCUCGGAUGAAGGGCGUGCUGCCCAUCCCCUUGGAGGUGGGGCUGAGUCCGCUGCCUCUUACUGCAACGACAGGAAGCAAGCCACGCCCGGGAGCAGUUCGUGAGUCGGGGGCGGGGGCGUUGCUUGUCUUGAGUGAGUUUAUCUGGUGGAGCCGCCCUCUCAUGCCUACCUGCCGUGUGCUCGUCUCCUUCUCUUGCACCCAAUGCUCCCCUCCAUCCCUCCCCCAGCUGCCGGCCGCCCCUCGCUGUGCAUUAAGCAUCACGCGCCAGCUGGAUGAGUCUCUGUGUGACUGUCCGGUUGAGCUGCUGGACGAGUCUCUGUGCGACUAUCUGGUCGAGCUGGACAACUCGCGCCACGUCAGCAUGACAGGGGUGAGAGGAAGCAUCCUGGAAGGAGCAGAUGCCCUGCGAGGGCACGACGAGGACGAAUGGGAGGUGUUGGCAUCCCUCCCGUUUGUGGACGCCCAGCGCUCCCCGGCUCUCUACCGAGCCUUCUUCAUCCCGGGCCUGUCCGAGAGGCUCGUCAACGCUGGUGCGUGCGACAGAAAUCACUUGUUUCUACAGCGCUGGGUGCUAAUGGCGGGUAACGAGAAGUACGUUCAAGCGACAAACGACGACGCGACCGUCAGUAAGCUAUCCUGCGUAACAAAGGGUUAUUUCCAGGACCCCUUUGUGAAGCUAUUCGUGCGCCGCCCCGCCAGGCGGUCCCCCGUCAUCCACCGAGGCUACUUUGCCCGCUGGGCUGCUCUCCAGCAGCUGGUCGACCAGUUCCUCUCCGUUAACAGAUCAGCUCAUAACGAGGAUAAGGCCAGAGCCCCUAGUCAAGGGGAGUCAAGAGAGUCAACGGGGGGUCCAGAUGUAGCUUUACAGAUCAUCUCCCUGGGAGCAGGCUUUGAUACCCUCUUCUUCAGACUCCAAACAGAGGGCAGAACCCCCCAUAGGUUCAUUGAAGUGGACUUUCAAGAGGUGGUCGCAAAAAAGGCAGCUAUAAUCAACGCCAAGCCGGAGUUGGCAGCAUGCCUGGGACCUGACGUCGACUCAAAGCUAGAGGGUGCUGUUCUGCGCUCCUCCAAUGGCUACUCCCUCGUGUCGGCCGAUUUGAGAGACACUGAUAAGCUGCAAGAGGCGCUUGCAGCAGCUGGAGCCGAGUUCGGGCCCAACACAGCAACGUUAUUCCUCUGCGAGUGUGUGCUCAUCUACAUGGACGCGCCCAGCAGCCACAAGCUCGUGGCGUGGGCGGCAGAGAAGUUUGGCACGGCGGCGUUUGUCGUCUACGAGCAGAUCCGCCCCGACGAUGCAUUCGGGCAGCAGAUGAUCCAAAACCUCGAGGCUCGGGGCUGCCCUCUCCUUGGUAUCAGAGCGACACCAACACUAGAAGCAAAGGAGAAGAGGUUCCUCGACGGUGGCUUUGAGAGAAGCAAGGCAGUGGAUAUGGACGUGAUGAUAUACUCACACCCCAUUGAUGGUUCACGUGCUACACGAUAG